UACAAGCACUACGUCCUCGAGCCCAUCGACCUCGUCUACACCGGGGGUGUCCUCUGCUACGACUGGGUCGUCCUCCACGACUGGAUUGUCCUCUACCACAUCGGGGGCGUCCUCUACGUUGACGUCGUUCCGGACUACAUCGCCGUGUAUCAGCACUACCUCUACUGCACCGGGGGCGUCCUCUCCUACGACUGGGUCGUCUUCUACCACUGGGUCGUCUUCUACCACAUCGGGGGCGUCCUCUCCUGUGACUGGGUUGUCCUCUACCACUGGGUUGUCUUCUACCACGUCGGGGGCGUCUCCUACCACGUCGGGGACGUCUCCUGCACCGACGUAAAAAUGGUGGUGGUGGUGAUGCUCGUCAUUAUGUUCUACCAGUCUGAGUGGGGAAAGGCCAUUAAGCAACACAGUUUCACGGACCG